AUGUUCACCCUCCUCGCUCCUGCAGCACUUGUGGCUCUCGCCUCAGUCAAGACCGUCCGAGCGGUCUACCCCAAUGUUUACGUAGGAUGUUCCAAUUAUUACCCCGACAAUACCGUUUAUAUCGACGAGACGAUAACCAGCAAUGAAGAAUGUGCAGCGGCAUGUUAUUCCGCGGAAGAAGGACCAUAUGUGUACAGUUAUUAUCAGAACGGAGCAGACGUCCGAAAAAGACAGGUCCAAUCGACUUGUAGAUGUUCCAACGAAGCUGUACCAGCUUCAUUCUAUGUCGAAUCGACAGAUACGGCAGGUACGUGUCAAGAUUACAAUUGGGCUGUCUAUAUCACCGCCACCACCUAUAACUUCGAUGGCUGUUAUACCGCCAUUGGUACUCAAAACGGAGCACCCGAUGGAGUUUACCUUGCACCUGAUCAAACAAGUCCUGAAGACUGUCUUCAAGUCUGCGCCUCGUACCAAGUUGCAGCUUUCCAACCUGGUACACCCAUGUCCGAAACCGCUUACACUUGUACAUGUGGUCCAACCAACGCAUUCACCAAUACCGGACAAAAUACCUGUGGAAUAAGCGAUUACUUUGUAUACGACCAUAAAGCCACUGGAGGCAUUUCGUCUGAUUUUGCCAAAAGACAAGUGAAAGAGGCUUUAAUCCGAGCUAGGAACGGCAAGAAGAGGGCUUUGUGUCCUAAUGGCUUGACAGCUUGUAAAGUCUCUCAAUACCAAUCUGAUUCUUUCGAAUGCAUCGAUACCACUUCAGAACUCGAGUCAUGUGGUGGAUGUGUUCAUGGUGAAUAUAACAAUGCUAAUGCCCCCUUAGGUGAAGACUGCUCUGCCUUACCUGGUCUAGCAAGAGGUGGAGUCACCUGUAACGCCGGUCAAUGCCAGGCUUUCGCAUGUAAGAAAGGGUGGACUUUGACAACCGAGGAUAUCUGUGUUGAGGCAUAG